GUACUUCUCCUACCGAUAAAGCAAAACAGCAUGAAUGAAUCAUGGUAUUAGUAUUCUGCGUGCACUCCAUGUGUUCAGUUUAUAUAGUGAAGUCGUGCUACAUCGCGUAAAUGUAGCAUGACGAAUUAUGAUUAAUGUUUUUAAAAAUCUGUUUGUUUUACAUUCUAAGUUUAAAAGUUUUUAAUUUUUGUGUAAUGGGCACUUCAAUUACUGACUGCUUGGAAUAUACAUCAAAACAAUUAAAAGAUGUAUUUGCUGCCAUAUGUAAUAUUAAAAAUAAUAUUAUUAACAAAUACUGUUGCGGAACCAGUGUUGGAAAUUUUAUUGCCAGUAGAGAAUGGCCAAUCUUUAACUAAUGCGGAUCAAUCAAAUUCAGCCAACGAUGAUGAAAAAACUUUGGCUCAACAAAUUUUUGAAGGCAAGUAUGGUCUAAUACAUAAAGAACUGUUCAAUGAUAUACCAUCAAGGCCAGGCAUUUUAAGUUACAACAUAAAUCCCGAAGUUCCAAAAGACAACAUUAAUAAUUUAGGAGGUUUAGAUUCUAAUGAAAUAUGGCUGGCAGAAAAUCAUUUGCUUGUAUUAAAAGGAGGAAACUUUAGUGAUAAAAAAGUUAAAUGGACAUAUAUAGAUAACUAUAUUGCUCCAAUAAGGCAGGUAAAAAUACCAGAAAACCCUAAAAUACCUCCACCGUUUCCAAUACAGCUAGAAGACAAUGGACCUAUUGAUUUUGUUACAGUCAAUGGUUCAAUUUGGAAUCCAAUAUUUUCUCCUCAAUUUCCUCCAAUUCAAGGUUUACCUUUAAAUACAACGCUUGAUGAAGAUGAUCAGUCACUAUUUUAUCCUCCAAAAUAUGAUUUUGUAUACGCUCAAGAAAAUUCUACAAGAGUUCCACCGGGUCCUUUAGUACCUGGAAUAGUAUUACCACCCCCACCAAAUUUUUUUGGUCCUCUAGAAAAGCCAGAAAAGGCUAAAAAAAUUAAUUUAAAUACCAAUAAAACAAUUCCAAGAUUUAAUCAAAAACCAUAUUUUAAAAUUCCUAAGGGAAAUCAUAAUUCAAAAGAAAAUGGAUGGGUUCCAAUACCGUCAAUUAAACCAAAUUAUAUAGAAGAUUUAAAAAUAAAAAAUAAUGUUAUCAUUACUACAACUGAAAAUAAUAAUUACAACUCAAAUUUUAAUGAACAAAACAGUUUCCCCAAUCAUCAAUUUUUGUUUGAGAAAACAGUUAAACAUACAACCAUUCGCCCAGAAACAUAUUAUUAUUACGACGAAAAUAGUAAAUAUGACGUAGAAAAACCUGUACAACAAAAUAAAUAUGUGAAUUCUGGUAAUCUUGGUAUAAGAAAUCAACAAUAUAAUAUACAAAAUAACUUUGAAAAGUCAACUACAGGCAAACCAUAUUAUGAGUAUAGUUACAUAGCACCUGGGUAUGCUAUUAAAUCUCAAAUUCAAACCCCGAUAAAUAAACAAAAACCAAUGACAGAACAUCAAAAAGAAAAUCCUGUAUAUCAAGAAUGGUCAGAAAAACCUAAAUCAUCCCAAUACAGCAAUCAAUUGGAAAAGCAAAAACAUCAGUCCUGGUCACAGCAAAAUAAUCAAUAUACAGAAAUUGAUUAUGGAUAUCAUACUGAAAAACCUAACUUUGCCACAGAUAAUCCAUAUCAUGCAUUUUUCACACAAGACGAUGCUAGUUUAGUAGAUGAAAAUACGAAAAAAUACUUCGCAUUAUUUGGACAGAAGGUUAGAACUGAAAAACCAAUCCAAGUAACACCGCAAUCUAAACAUCAGAGCAGUAAACAUGAUAAUAAAAUAUCUUUAAUUGAUAACAUAUUAAUCAACUUUAAACAACCAUUGCCGAUUAACAAUCCGGAAUCAGAAAUAACUACAUCGAAAUCUCGGUACAAUUAUCCUCAAUUAUCUUUACAUGACGAUACUAAUGUUAACUUUAAGCAACCGAAUCCUCAAAUAAAUUCAGACGCUGAGAUGAUAACUCAAAAUACCAAUAUUUUAAAAGAAAAUCACCCAUAUUCAUACGAUAAUACAGCAAUCAACUAUCAACAUAUACCAUUAAAAAAUGUUAAUAUUGACGAAACAAUUAAAAAACCCUACACACAAGAUUCAUUUAAAGAUAAUAACCCAAUGAAUUAUAAACAACCAUUACAAUUGAAAAUCCCAAAUACAGAAUCAAUUACAAAAAGACCAAAUUUAAAUAUACCACAGUUAUCAUUCUUUGAUGAUACUAAAGUGAAUUAUAAACAACCAUUACCACCAAUAAAUUUAAAUUCGGAAAUUAUUACUAAAAGACCAUUAUACAGACCAAUACACUCAUUAUUUGAUAACACAAAUAUAAAUUACAAACAACCAAUGGAAUCUGAAAAUUUAAAUGCAGAACGGAUUACUCAAAGACCACACAUACAUGUAACACAAUCAGAUUUCAAUUUAGAUACUUCAUUAGGAACAAAUGAUCCAAAUUUAGAACAUGCUACUCAAAAGUCAUACAUGCAAAUACCUGAAGCACCAUACUAUAGUGUUACUACAAUUACUAAUAAACAACCAUAUUCAUCAAUAAAUCAAAAUGCAGAAUUAGUUACUCAAAGACCAUACAUUCAUGUGCCAGAAACUUCAUUAGUGGAUGGAAUAUCAAUAAAUUAUAAGCUACAGGGAUAUUCAAAUAGUGAAACUGUUACUCAAAGACCUUAUAUUAAAGUACCACAAACUUCAUACUUGGAAAAUACACAAGUUAAUUAUCAACAACCAAUAUUACAGCAAAAUCCAAGUAAUGAAGCAGCAGGAAAAAGACCACAAAUCAAAUUCCCUCAAACAUCACUUACUGAUAACAAUCAAUUCAAUUUUAAAAGACCACUACCAUUACAAAACCAUGACACAGAAUACUUUACCCAAAGACCUCAAACCAUUUAUUCACACACACCAGUUUAUUCAAAUGAUGAUAUUCAAAUAAAUUACAAACAACCGCUUCAAACAAAAAAUAUUGAAACAGAAUACAAAAUAUCAACGCAAAGACCAUUAAAUCGAGUAGUUUCUUAUAAUUUACCAGGAAAUAGCGGGAGUCAUUUUUUCUUUUUGACAACUCAUACUGGACAUCCAAUACAAUAUAAUUUGAGUAAUAAUAACUAUCAAUAUUAUAAAAGAAAUGUCAAAUAA